AUGCAUUUGUAUGGAGCUCUGAUCCUGUUUGUGACUGUGUCUGCAGCAUGUGGACUGAGUUGCUACGUGUGUGCAGGCAAAACUUGCACUCUGAAGCGCACUUGUCCCACCGGCUAUGACCGUUGUUCCACCUUCACAGUGAAGGAUGUCGUCACCAAGACCUGCAUGAACAGCAAGACAUGUGUUAAACCCAUGAAGUGCUGUUCCACGGACUUGUGUAACAGCGCCAUACCCACUGGGUCCAGCGUGCUCCUGCUGCUGGCGUCCUCAGCCAUCAUCACAGUCUUUCUGUGA